AUGGAUUAAAAAAUUAGUUUAUAGCCAGGUUUAAUAAUAGACUCUAGAUUCAAAUUGCUUAAAAAGGUAGGAAGUGGCAGCUUUGGAAUUGUUUUCUUAACAUAUGACUUAUAGGAGAAGGAGUAUUGUGCAACGAAAUUCGAGAGUAGAAAUUUAUAAAUGAGAAUGAUGAAUCGAGAGAUACUAAUUUUGAAAUAGUUGAGAGGCAUCAAUGGUAGAUAGUUAUUCACUUAUUAAAUUUAAUUUUAGGUUUUCCAGAAUUAAUACACCAUGGAAAAGAUAACCAAUAUUAAUUUUAUAUGAGUACAUUGUUGGGCGAGAAUUUGGAAGUCUUGUUAUAAAAAUGUGGUGGUAAAUUUACUCUACAAACCGUCCUUCAACUUUCCAUACAAUUGAUAGAUCGUUUGGAAGGUAUUUGUUCUCGAUUAAUAAUUACAGUGUUUCAUAGCAUGAAUUUCAUUCAUAGAGACAUAAAACCUGAAAAUUUCUUAAUUUCUAAGGAGGACACAUCAAUAAUUUAUUUGAUUGAUUUUGGAUUGUCCAAAUAUUACCGAGUAGCCGAUGGUAGACAUAUAGAAUUUACUCAAAAGACAGGUGUAAUAGGAACUGCACGUUACGCUAGUAUUAAUACAUUGUAAUGUAUGGAUAUAUGUGUUAUUUAAAGGGAUGGAAUAAUCAAGAAGAGAUGAUCUGGAAAGUCUGGGUUACAUGUUGAUAUAUCUCGUAAGAGGGGAGUUGCCUUGGUCGAAUGUAAAGGCUGUAAAUAAAGAGGACAAGUAUGAGCAAAUUUUAUAAAUUAAAAUGAGCUUACCCUUAAAUCAACUAUGUUUGAAUUUGCCGAAGGUAUUCUUUAUUUCAAUAUAAGUGUUUUAUCCAUUAUUUUCAACAUGUCAAGUCUCUAUUAUUUCAACAACAACCUAAUUAUUCGCACUUAAGAAAUAUAUUCGAAAAACAAUUACUUCAAUAUAAUCAUUAAUUAUACGACUGGGAAAUCAAAACAAUAGAGAAUCAAUAAUAGUAAGAUUUUCUUAUUGAUCCUAAUUCGAUCCCAGACAUUCGAUUAAAAAGUGAUUUAGAUUUUGUUCCACCCGUUGAUGAUGAAGGUGAAGUCUUUCGGUUAAAAUAAGAAAAUUAGCAUCAUGUCAAAUUUAUGAAAGAAUUGCAUGAGAAAUAUUUUGAUCACAAUUCACAUAAAUAAGUGUAAUAGAUUUAAUUACAAAAAAACACAUCUAUCGAACCUAAAAGUUAAGCCACAAGCAAAUAAAACAACUAUCAAACUAGCAAUCAUACUUUAAUCUAGAUUGAAUCUUAACCUUAUAUUCUUAAUAACAUUACAUAGUUCUCUAAAAGAAAAGAUUCUAAAUCAUACACUUCAUUUAAAUAGAGCUAAGAGCAUAAAGAAAAUCGGAAAUUUCGAUAAUCAAAUGAUGACUAUGAUUUAGAAAUGGCUAACGAAGAUGGGCCUAAUCUUGACUUACAAAAUCUCUAAGCCAAUCACUUUUUAUAAUGA